AUGGCCGGUGGGAAUACAAGCAGCAGUUCCGGUUCAGGCCGGGCGCAUUUCCGUAGUCAGUCCGGUUGUUGUAUAUGCGGGACUAAAUCAUCCUCGUCCAGAUUUAUACUAAGCGAACGCUAUUCCGAACACUUUCGCGAUUGUUUUGGCCCAGCUGCGAGCGCAAGAUCCGGGGAUUUGUGCAAUGCAUGCGUCCUCUGUGUUAAACGUUGGCUUCAGCGGGAUCGAGCACCCGGUCUGUUCUCUCCCAUUGGUGAUCAACUGGUACAUCAGAUGGUUCGUGUAUUUUCGCAGCUCAUUCUGGAACCCACUUUUGCUACUGCUGCUCCAAACUAUCGUGACAAGGCAAAAGCGGGUCCAGUUUUGGACAGCAAAAAGGGUGCCGGACCGAAACACAUGAAGGAGAUUGCGAAACGUGCUCGUCGACGUGAGGCGAGACAAACCACCACAGCCACCAAGAAGCCCAAUGUGAAAACAGAACCGGGUGUAAUGAUCAACUCGCUCUUAAUGNCUGGGGCUCCACUGACCGCUCGGCAUGCAUCGGCUAUUUCCGGUGUAGUCAAUCCGUCUGCGUACCAUUCAAUGAACAACGCUGCCAUUGCCACCGGACCAUCGUUAGGCACACGUUCAGCUUGUGCUAGCAAUUCCGCACUCAGUGGCACAUCAUCUGGUAGUGGCGGAAGCAGCACUGGAGCUAGUGGGACCAGCAGCUUCACACAUCGGUCCACUACCGAUGGGAUUCAUUUGGGUCACGGAAUAAGUGCACCGUCCACACGCAAUAUUUCCAGCAAUUCGACCGCUUGUGUCAUGGCUGAGACCAACACACGAGGCGAUCGUCGGUUUAACUCGCCCACCGCAUGCACUCCUUGCUGUUGGCGCACUAAAGUCUGUUCACCGCGGACUCGUCAAAGUUCCGGUUCCGGGGGUGGCGGUAACAAUGUUGGAAGUAGUGGCUGUAGUGGUACUGUCUCGAGUAUCGGUAAUGAUAGUGGUUUUGGCACCAAUUCAAGUGCGAGCGGAACUACAAAUUUGCGUCACGCAUGGAACGCACCAAUCGAAGGUGCCACACUCACAAGGGCUGCCGCAGCCAGAAAAUCGGAGGCUGACGGUAAGUUUCGUUGCUCUUCAUCCUGCCUUCCUGACUGA